CACCCAGAGGCAUUGAAGAAAAAAAGAUAAGAGAAAUAGACAGAGAGAAAGAAUGAGAGAGAGAGUGACUAAUUGAUUAGGUUGAAGCACUGACCAAGGCAUCUGUGUGGGAAAUCACCCCUUCAGGGAGAGGAAGGUGCCUUAACCCUUUGUGGGGAGCCUCUGGCUGUAGAGGAAGUGUGAGCGUCAUGUCUGAGUCCAGCGUGCUGCUGCUAGCUGGCCUGGUGCUGCUCCUGCUGCUGCUGUUCUGGAGGAGGAGGGGGACACAGGGGUGUGCACUGCCCCCAGGCCCCACUGGGCUGCCCCUGCUGGGAAACCUGACCCAAGUGGACAGGAGAGCGCCCUAUAGGACCUUCAUGAAGUGGAGUAAACAGUAUGGCCCAGUCAUCUCUGUGCAUUUUGGACCCCAGCACUUAGUGAUUCUGAGUGGGUACCAGACUGUAAAGGAGGCCCUGGUGGACCAGGCAGAUGACUUUGCAGGAAGGGCACAACCGCCUCUGGGCAUGAGAUUGUUGACAGGAUACGGUUUGAUCUUCAGUAACGGUGAACGCUUGCGCCAGCUGAGACGCUUCACACUGAGCACGCUCAGAGACUUUGGGAUGGGCCGCAAGAGGAUGGAGGAGUGGAUUCAGGAGGAGAGCACACACCUUCUGGAGAGCCUGAGACAAACCAAAUCGGCUCCAUUUGAUCCCAUGCUGUUCCUGAGCCGUGCCGUGUCCAACGUGAUCUGUGCUCUGGUGUUUGGACAGCGCUUUAGCUAUGACGACGUCAACUUCCAGCGUCUUCUCCAGAUCAUCUCUGCUGCAGUUCGCUUUGGGGGCACCCCCUUGGGUCUGCUGUACAACACCUUUCCCAUGUUGAUGGAUCUCCUCCCUGGCCCCCAUCAAACGGUCUUCAAACAGAUGGACGAGCUGAAAGCCUUCAUUAAAGACAAGAUCCAGCAGCACAAGGAGACUCUGGACCCUGACAACCCUCGAGACUUCAUUGACUGUUUCCUCAUCAGACUCGAGCAGGAGAAAGAUAUCCCAACCACGGAGUUCCACUAUGAUAACCUGGCAGCAACAGUAUUGAACCUUUUCAUGGCUGGGACUGAAACCACCAGCACCACCAUCAGACUUGCCUUCAUAUUACUCAUAAAGCACCCGGACAUUCAAGAACGUGUGCAUAAGGAGAUCGAUUCAGUGCUUGGCCAGCACGGUGUCCCACGAAUGGAAGACAGGAAGUCCCUCCCCUUCACUGAUGCCGUGAUCCAUGAAGUUCAGCGCUAUAUAGACAUUGUACCCCUCAGUCUCCCCCACAUGGCCACCAAGGACAUCUCAUUCAAGGGCUACACCAUUCCUAAGGACACCACGAUCCUUCCCAUGCUGCACUCUGUGCUCAGGGAGGACGACCAAUGGGAGAAGCCCUGGACCUUUAAUCCUGACCACUUCCUGGAGAACGAUGGCAGCUUCAGGAAGAACCCAGCAUUCCUUCCCUUCUCUGCAGGUAAACGGGUGUGUGCAGGUGAGUCAUUGGCACGGAUGGAGCUCCUGAUCUUUCUGGUGUCCAUACUACAGCAGUUCCACCUCAGCACCUCUGGAGGCCCAUCCAGCAUUAACAUCAACCCAGAGCUCAGCAGCUUUGCCAAUCUGCCUCAAAUAUCCCAGCUCAUUGUCACUCCCCGCUGACCAACAGUGGUACUGCAGCCCAGAACCACAAAGUCUCCACACCUUGCAAACUGUUGUAUAUUUCAAAUAUUAUUUAAAAGGGUACAAGGUACAAAUGUCAAAUUCUUCCAUUAAUUCCAUUAACAUUAAUUUAUGUUCACUACAGGUCUAUCCACUGGGGAAGUUUCUGACUUAAACAUUUUAGGUAAAAUAUUUAAGUCAGAAUGGAUUACUUGCAUUGCAUUAAUAUAAGAAAAAAAAUGUAUUGUAAGUUUUCUGUAAUUCAGUGUUUAAAUAUGCUAAUUAGGCACAUUUUGUAAUUAAAUAUGCUUACAUUUUAAAACACAGCAUUUGAGUUUUGGAGAAAGCCAAGUUAAAAAAAAUAUUUUCAUUGUGUUAACAUAUGGGAGAAAAAAUUCAGAGGGAUUUAUGGAUAUCCACUUUUGUUGUCUUGUAAAUCAGAAUAUACUGCCAAUAGCCUUAAAAAAAAUCGGUUGUCAGGUGAGGAGUAAUAUAUACAGGUGAAUUGUGUUUUUUAGCAAUUGUGAAAAACAGGAAACUGGAAAAGACAGACGAUUCAGUAGUGUAAAUGAUAAGUAAUUUACAGGCAACAUCCUACAGUGUAAUCUUAAUGCU